UCUCUCCUGGAAGGACCUAAGGCUUGAAGAAGAUUUUUCUCCUGAGACCAACAGAGGAAAGAAGUUUUUGGAUCUGGCUGCUGGCAGCAUCAGUAAGAAGAUCUCUGGACCUGUUUGGAUAUCAACCAACUGAAGAUCCUGGCCCAUUUAAUUGGACUCCUUGUAAUCCUUUCAUUCUGGGGUCAAGAUUUGGACUUUAAAGGACAAAAAAGGAAAUUUGCAUGUGUUCUAGGGGUGAUAGAGAAGAACUAAAACUUCUCAAGUAGAGUAGUAAUAUAAUUUUUUCCUUACGAAGUUGGUUUGGAGAGAGGAGACUUAAGGGAAAGAAACAGCACUUACCCUCAUGGGGUUUAUGUUCUAUUAGCAGAGGGGGUAUGCAUAUUUUAAUAAUAAAUUAUUAACAGUACUAAGAGUUAAUAUUUACACAGGGAUUACAAUGUACCAGUCGCUUUGUGCCAAUGGCACAAUGUGCCCAGCUCUUUGUAAUUAUCUCAACAAUCUUGAGACAUAUAUGCUAUUAUUAUCCCAUUUUACAGCUGAGGAAACUGAGGCAGGUAGAGCUGAAAUAACUUCCCCAGAUCAUACGACUAGUAGCGGUCUGGGGCUGCAUUGGAAAUCAGACUACCGCCUAAUAUGUGCAAAAACGCCCCGGGAGUUUCAGAAGCCAGGCGGACAUAGGAUAGGGUUCGAGGAUGCAGCAAGCGACUUCCGCACGCAGGAACAGGGUGCAAACCUUCCAUACGCCCUGGUGCCAGCUCUGGUCUCCGAAGGCUCACGGUCAAGGUAACUGGCAUUACUCCAACCUCCCACUUCUCAAUGCGGGUGCCAAUCUUAUUCCAAGUACCUCGGGAUACCAUGCACUCUAAGGCUGGAGAAGAGCGGCAGCCUGAAUUCCCUCUAGCCCACAAUCACCUCCCUGGGAACCACAAACCCCGCUAUUCUCUGCGGCCACCGUACGGGAGGAGGGACUCUCAGAGUAAGGAAGAAAGCCUGUCGCCAUGUUGGAAAAGGGCACUGACAGGAGACCAGAGAAGAGCCUUAUUCGAAGUAGGGGCAAAGAAGACAGCGCACAACCAGGCUUUCAGAGCGCUCUGAAUGACUUCCCGUGCCUCACAUCCGGCUAGUUCUCACGUGACUAACCCCAACCGUUCCUUUAGCCUCUCGAACUAGGAUCUCCAGAAGGUCGCUUCCGGUCUUGUGGGCCGGUAGGUUUUCUCCAGACCCUCUGAGUAGCAGAUACUCGAAAGUUCAGGCCCGUACCUGUGUGUCGGUGGAGGGAAGGGCACGUGAGAGAUCGCCGGAGCGGAGGAUGAGUGGGCCUGAGCCGAGGACAAGGAGUCUUGUGAGCUUCUCCGAUGUGGCCGUGUAUUUUUCCCGGGAGGAGUGGGGGCGGCUACGCCCCGAGCAGAGGACCCUCUACAGGGACGUCAUGCGGGAGACCUACGGUCAUCUGGGCGCGCUGGGUUUCCCAGGCCCCAAACCUGCCCUCAUCUGCUGGAUGGAUAAAGAGACAGAGGCCUGGGGUCCGGAUGCCCGAGACCCCGAGGAGGUAGAGAAGAGCGAAAUGGAAAGCUUUGGAGGAACCAGGAACAAGGCUGAGAAGUGGAAGAGAGAAGGGCCUGGAGUCCAGGAACCUGUUGAAGCACAUAGGAAGAAUAAUCUGUCAUUUGAGGCUAUGACAAGCCCACAGCAAGAAGAAGGCUCUUCCUGCACUGAUUGUGGCAAGACUUUGCAUAAACACUCUAUCACUGCACUCCACCAAUGUAAUCCCAAUCAAAAGAGGUCAUAUACAUGUCCUGAUUGUGGAAGACACUUUGCUUAUCCCUAUUUACUUGUCAGCCACCAGCGAAUGCAUUCUGGAGAGCGUCCCUAUUCCUGUGAUCAGUGUGAGGCACGAUUCUUCCAAAAGAAGUAUCUUGUCCAACACCAGCUAAUUCACACAGGUGAGAAGCCCUACUCUUGCCCUGAAUGUGGACGCUGUUUCAGACAGAGAAGAUCACUGGUCAUCCAUCAGCGUCGCACACACACAGGUGAAAAACCCUAUUCCUGUCCUGAUUGCAAGCGACAGUUUGUUUAUCCUUAUCAACUGGCCACUCACCGUCGUACCCACACAGGAGAAAAACCAUACUCCUGUGCAGAAUGUGGUUGCCGCUUCACUUAUUCCUCCUUACUAAUAAGCCACAGACGCAUUCAUUCUGAUGAGAGGCCUUUUCCAUGCCCUGAGUGUGGGAAGAGGUUCAAAAGGAAGUAUGCUCUUGAAGCCCACCAGUGGAUCCAUCGUUCUGGUACUGAGAUUUGGAGAAGUAUGCCAUCGGCAAGACAGUCUGCAGCAGAAUCCUCUGUCCAGGGUGCCCGCGAUCCUCCUGUGCACUGUCGUUACUACCCAGACAUAUUUCAGGAGUGUGGGUGAAGGAAUAUGAGAGAGAGAUGUGAAGAAGCUAACACCAGACGGCUGUAUCUUCUCUAUAAAGCAUGAGGUCAGGCCAUCUCUGUGUUGGGAGGGCAGUGAUAAGAACUGAGGGUGUAAAGUGAUAGGAAAUCUGGUAGAUCUGUUAUGAGGAGUGUUAUGCAAACAGGAGAUGAAUAACAGGAGUGAUGAUCUCCAUAAGGAGUUUAAGUUAGACAGCUUGAUCAUUACAUAUUGAAUUCUGCUAGAUAAAAGUUGAAACUCCCACCUUUCUUGGUACCCUACUCAUGCUACCAAAAUGUUUUGGGACCAAGAAGGGAGUUAAGUAUAGGUUCUACCCCCUGCAGUUCUCAAAGAGGAGGCAACAUCCCCAUCUCUUAAUAUUUUGACAGAACUGGACAUAGAAUUGGUUUUCUUUUAUAAGGCAUUGCCUUAUGGAAUGUCUGGUAGAUCAUGUCCUGUUCAGAUAUGGAAGUACCCCAUGGACAAUUAGCCUAUUAGAUAAUCCAUGCAUCUUCCCCUAAAAUAAAUUGGCUCUGGGCAGCUGGCUAGUCACCUUGAAAUUUGAAUGUAAAAUCUCUGAGCCCUGAAUGUUCUACUGUAUCCAGGCCCCAUUCUAGAAAAGAUGCUCCAUAUAUGAGCAUUUAUCAAAUAUUUAUUCAAGGUACUCCAAAAGGGAGAAUGUCUGUUGUCUUAUGGCAGAGGUCCAAGACUCAGUCUCUUCUGUAUAUCCUAACUUCUCUCCCUUUUUUCCUUCAACUCAACCUGAGUAUUAAGGCUGAAGAGUGGAAUGCCCUAGGUGCAGGGUAUCUUAACUAUCUUCAUUCUUCCUAUACUAGGUUUUUUUCCCACUGGGAUAAAUAGAAUUUUAACUGAUCCAGGCCUGCCCUGGAAAUAGAUUUUUUUUUAAUUAAUAGCUCCCUUAUUAUCUUGAGUUAGAAGCAAAUGACAAAACUGUUCUAAUCUGUAACAUACUUGUUUCAUCACAUGCCAACCUUCUUUCUCAUGGCAGAGAUGUAUAAUUGUUCUUUUUUCUAUUUUUGCUUAUUCUCCUGACAAUUUAUACAUGUUUCUCUGUUCUUGCUCAGUUUCGGAAAAAUAAUUCUGGACUAUCCCUUGCAAGUGCCUUAUUCAUACUUGUAGGCUAUUAAAUUAUUUUGUCUAUAUGGGA